ACGCCAUGUUAGCACAGCCCCGACCCUUUCACUCCUUUCCCUCUGCCCGCCGUGUCUGGGGAUUGUCUUGGGUCCAAGGAAUAUUGGAAAUCUUCUGCAGCAUCGAAUGUGAAUAACACCCAGGCAUGUCCUCGCUGCAAAUGGGAUGUUCAGAUGCUCCAAGUGUGGAGGGAUUCACCAAGUCGACUGACCAGGUAACAAGCCAGGAAGAUCACACCGGGGAGAGGCCGUUCACCUGCUCCGAGUGCGGGAAGGGAUUCUCUCACUCGUCCAAGCUAAUGAGGCACCGUCAUGUCCACACCAAAGAGAGGCCGUUCUCCUGCUCUGAGUGCGGGCAGCGAUUCACUCGGCCGUCCGCCCUGCUGACCCACCAGCGGGUUCACACCGGGGAGAGGCUGUUCACCUGCCCCGAGUGCGGGAAGGGAUUUGCUUAUUUAUCCAAGCUGAAGAGGCACCAGCAAGUCCACACCAAGGAGCGGCCGUUCUCUUGCUCUGAGUGCGGGAAGGGAUUCAUUCGAUCGUCGGACCUGCUGACGCACCAGAGCCUUCACACCAGGGAGAGGCCGUUCACCUGCUCCGAGUGCGGGAAAGGGUUCAUUUUCGCGUCCAAGCUGACGAGGCACCAGCAGAUCCACGCCAGGGAGAAGCAGUUCGCCUGCUCUGAGUGCGGGAAGGGGUUCCCUCGAUCGUCCGAUCUGCUGAUGCACCAGAGCCUUCACACCGGGGAGAAGCCGUUCACCUGCCCCGAGUGCGGGAAGGGCUUCAUGUAUUCGUACAAGCUAACGAGGCACCAGCAGGCCCAUGCCAAGGAGAAGCCGCUGACUUGCCUGGAUUGCGGGAAGGGAUUUCUCCGGUCGUCGGAUCUGCAGAUCCACCGGCGGGUCCACACCGGGGAGAAGCCGUUCACCUGCUCCGAGUGCGGGAAGGGCUUCACUCGUUCCUACGGCCUGACGCGACACCAGCAGGUCCACACCGGGGAGAGGCCCUUCAUCUGCUUCCAGUGCGGGAAGGGGUUCACAGAGUCGUCUCAGCUGCUGAUUCACCAGGUCUCGCACACCGGCGAGAGGGCCUUCGCCUGCCUGCAGUGCGGGAAGCGGUUCAUCCACUCGUCCCACCUGCUGACCCACCAGCGCAUCCACACGGGGGAGAGGCCGUUCACCUGCUCCGUGUGCGGGAAAGGGUUCACUUGGUCGUCCCACCUGCUGAUACACCAGCGGACCCACACCGGCGAGAGGCCAUUCACCUGCCCCGAGUGCGGGAAGGGCUUCAUCCACUCGUCCCACCUGCUGACCCACCAGCGGGUCCACACGGGCGAGAGGCCCUACACCUGCCCCAAGUGCGGGAAGGGUUUCACCCAGUCGUCGUAUCUGGUGAACCACCAGCGGGUCCACACCGGCGAGAGGCCGUACAAGUGCGCCGAGUGCGGGAGGGGAUUCAAGCAAUUGUCCAAUUUGCUGAGCCACCAGGUGGUUCACACCGGGGAGAGGCUGUUCGCCUGCUCUGAAUGUGGGAAGGAAUUCACUCGGUCAGCCUACCUGGUGACACACCGGCGGGUUCACACCGGUGAGAGGCCCUUCACCUGCCUCCAGUGCGGGAAGAGGUUCGUUCAGUCGUCCCACCUGCUGAAACACCAGCGAGUUCACUCUGCGGGGAAAGUUUGAAGACACUGUACAUUGAAUGUUGAACCACUGCAGCUGUUGAAAUCUAAGACUGCUUCCCAAGUAACUGCUGGUGCUGGGCUCUGCCUUCACAAUUGUUGCCCAAUAUUCCCAGAACUAAACCCUGAUCACUGGGCUCGGUUGCCGUUUGUUUAACCCCUACAAUUAGCCUCGAGUUUAAUAUUCUUGAUGUGAUAAAUAAACCAGUUCUCUUUUCACCUUG